AUGUCACGUCAUCAAUAUGAUUUGGUCCAAUGUAUGAAACAACCAGGCACGAAAGUGGGCAGAGUAUGUUUACAAUGUGAAGGCAAAUGUCCCAUGUGUGAUCUGUUAGUUAAACCUACUAGUAAAGUCUAUAUUUGUUCUGAAUGUUGUGGGAGUUUAAAUAAUCAAAAUCAGAAAUGUAUACUAUGUAAUAAUAAUCUAGGUGGGGGAGAUGAUGGAAGUAAUGGUGGAGUUGAUGCUUAUUAUUGUUUGGAAUGUGUUCGAAUGGAAAAACAUCGAGAGGGAUGUCCUCGAAUUCUAAACCUUGGUAGUUUAAAGAGUGAUUAUAUGUUUAAUAAGAAGAAAUUAAAUAGUACGAAACUAUUAGAAUGA